UUUUGCAGACAGUUUUCUCUUAUUUAUUAAUCGUAAUAAUGAUAAUAUUAAUAAUUAUGUAUAACACUAAUAAAAUAAUUUAAGUCUGUCAGUAUUGUUAUCAUGCUUGCGCACGUUUUUUUACAUUUUUACUUAUAUUUAUCUUAAUAUAUAUCUUUAAUUUACUUAAUUUGCAAUAAUUAUGAAUUAUUUUAUAAUAUCGUUAUUGUGAUUUCUACCAAACUUCGAUUAAUUGAUGACUAAUUUGUCAAGUAAGUCAUACAACAUUUUGUUAACAUAUAUUAAAGAAAAAAUUAUUUUCAUAUUUAAAAAAUAUUAAAUAGAACUAAUAAUUUUUUCUUUGAUGUAUGGAAAAAAGAAUAAAAUUUGAUGAAUGACGGGUUACUGACUAAAAAAUUUUGUAAGCGACUGUCUCGAUUGAAUUAAUCACCGAUAUUAAUUGACUGACUCAAGUAAUGCUUGUAAUAGAUUAUUGUCAACAUAAAUAAAAUAUUUUAAUUUUUUGCUAUUUGGCACUUGGAAAGAAAAAUCUGUUUGGAUGACGAAUUGAAUGGCUAAAAAUUUGGUUGUGGUCUGCUUUUACCUCAAUGUAAAUUAACUUUAAUCUCAUUUUAUUUAUUUCUUAUUCUUAUUUAUGUUUUUCUAAUUCUUAGAUAGUUAAUCGGGCGAUUAAUAAUUUAUUAAAUCAUUACUUUGUAUUAAAUUUGUUAACAUAGAGAAUAAUUUUUUGUUAUUUGACACAUAGAACAAGAUUCGGAACGAUGUGUUAUUAUUUACCACAACUAUGCAUUUUUUUUUUUGUAACUCGUUCUGAAUCUAAUCUUUCUAUGUCUCAAAUAAUAAAAAAUGAUUCUCCAAGUUAACAAAUUUAGUACAAGCGGACUUAAUUCUCCCCGGUACAAUUAGUGAUUUAAUUAAGUUAAUCGAAGUGGGUACAUCCCUGGAUUCCCAACUCGCCGAGACCCCAAGGCACGGCACUGAUCUUGGAGACGUUCGUGCUGGUUCGUGCCGACCGCCGACGAGGAACGAGAAACAACGAGAGACGGCGCGGCAGGUAACGACGGCGACAGCGGAUGACAAGCGGAGCCCGGAGCCCCUCUUUGUCGCGACGCGUUCCUCUCGCUUCUCUCGCGGCAGUAAAGGGAGGCGGAACGAAAGGAAAGAGGAAAAUGCACCGUCGCGUUUUGUUUGCGUUGUGAACCUCUCCUCCCCUCCUCCCGCCGCGCGCGCGAAUUAAUCUCUAUCGUCAUAAUAAUCUCGACGGGCGCGACGGCGACGGCCCCCGUCACUUACUGCACGUCACGUCGCGCGGACGCCGAGGGAAGGAAAGGGUUAUGAGGCGCCAACGGCAUCGCACUGCUCGCGCCGUCGGACGAUAUUUUUAUUGCAUUACCACUACGGAUCCGUUCAGCGUGGCGGGCCACUAUGGCGGAGAAGUGCAAGGUACGUUCUGCCCCGAACCGUGGGGAUCUUAGCGGCGACGGCGACGGCGACUCGCUCACGGCCGGAGAACUGCCAACGUGGCGACGAUUCGACAGCUGACUGCACGGACGGACGCAGGACGUUCGACCUGGACCAGUAGAUCUUCCUCUUGAAUAAACGAACGGGGAUGUUCUCGGUGAUCCGCGACGGACCCGACGCGUUCGAUCUCCCGUAACAGGGACGUGAUUUAUAUGUGCACGUGUGUCGCGCGUUAUUAUUCGUGACAUCUCUCCGAAAAUACUUUCACAUUUAUGUACUUCCGCCUAUUCUCUACCUCGCGUUCUUCCGUGUAUUUUAACCAAAUGGAUUAAAGAUUAAUGAAGUUGUACGAAUGUCACAUUUCUUUGCUGUCAAUUGGAGUAGUAAUUUCGUGCACUGCAACGAAUUGAACAGUUGCAGCGGUGAUGUAACAGCUGAUCAGUCGAUUGCACUUGAAUAACAGUGAUGUAAUUGAAUCUCCUUUGAUAUGGGACCUUGAUAUUACAAAUAUAUAUAUUUCUAUUUAUGUUGUGACAUCUUGUGUAUUGCAAUUGUCUAAUCACCUAUUUUACCUGAGUAUAAAUAUUGAGCCUUGUGUUUGUCAAUUAAUGUUAUUUGUUAUAAAAUGAUUGCACAUGCUUGUGGAUAUGAACUCAUUAAACAAUCUCAACAGGAAUGUGGCUGUAAGUGUAGCAUUUGCAGCCAGGAUAACCAACAGCACUGUGACAUGCAUCUGCAUGCGGAGAUAGAGAAUCUGCGCCAGCGGCUGCUCGAGAGGGACAAUCACAUUGUGACAAUGGAGACACAGUUCUUGAACGAGGCAGACAAGUUCCCGAACGGGGAGCUCGCCUCCAUGAAGGAGGAGCUGCUCAUGUGGCAGGAGAAGUACUCGCGCUUGCACGAGGCGCACAAGAGGGUGCAAAAGGUCAAUCAGAAUCUGGAGGACAAGUUACUGCGAAUAGUGGACAAAUGCGAGACGGAGAAAGGUGCCUUCACGAAGGAUAUAGCGACUCUGUCCCAUAGAUUAGCCGAUGCGAAUUACACGAUACAUCGAUUGACUCAUGAUAAUGAAAAAUAUAGAAACGACGUUAGUUUAGCUAUCCAAUUGCUUCAGUGCAAGCCUUCCAACUUUGUGGGUCACAAAUAUGAUUCGCUACCUUCUGAGGUGCAGGCUAAAGUGCGGACGUACGUCGCACAGAAGCGGUGUUCUACACAGGAUAUGGCGCAGCCGGACGUGAAGAGUAUCACAGUGCCGAUAUCGACAUUUCCGCCGACAGCGAUGGUGUACAAUAUUAGUAAGCCUACAGUGGAAAAGCACAGUGAUGACGAUAGCGACGACAGCAAGCCACCGAUGGACAUGGUGUCGGCGGCAAUCAUGGCAAAGGUUCUGGAGGAUCGUGAGAAGGAGAGAAUCUUUGCCAAACACUGCGACACGUGCACGUGCCACAGAAACGUCCUCACGAUCGAUACGGAGACCCAAACGUACGUGCCUGAUACAUUCCCUAUCUCUGAAGGUUAUGCACACAGUGCCGAGAAGCAAGCGUCGGAAGGUACGUCAAACGGUCAAGAGAAGUAUCAAAGCAAAGACAAAUCGAACCUCACGACGCAUGCGGUAUUCUAUGAGAUCAACGAGAACGUCAACAAGAUUCGCCAUCACAUGAACGGCGAUUGCGUCAAGUAUGCCGUGUCGCAAGUUCCAUGCAUCAAAGACAAAUUCGUCAGCAGGAGCAAUAGAAACGCGCAGGAUUACGCGACUACGGAGGACAACAUUACGAAGGCCAGUUUAAACAAGAAGAACUCGUCUCAGGGUCACGAAAACAAACGUUCGUGUUCGAGAUUAAAUGAUCUUAACAGAAUAAAUGUCGACAAGACAUCCAAACCACUCAGGGCUAACAAGUGCGAUUCUCCGACGGUCGACAAAUCUGCGAAGUAUUCGAACAAGAGCGAGAAGAAUUUCUUCGAACAUCUCGAUAAUGACUGCUUGGCACCUUCUGACAAUCGACUCUCUGACAAGGAGCAGAUGCACAUUGAUAUCAUCAACGAUAGGCUGUGGAAAAACGAGUGGACGAAGUUGAAGUCCGAGAUGGAUUCUGCGAGGGAGAGCAAGUGCAAGAUGAAUCGCGGUAUCGAAUUCGAUAUUAUUAAUGAUCGCGAUUGGAAGAAUGACAGAUGGGCGGAGCGACAGAAUACCCGGACCACCGCGCAGUUCACUGUGAUUGAAAUCAAAAGUCCGGACAACAAUGUGAAUCACAACGACGGUAGUCAGACGGGAGUGACGACCAGUCCGAGUUUUAGCAGCGACAGCAUGGUCAUCUCCAGUUCUGAUCCAUCUAGCAGUUGCAGCGAUGUCGUGCAAUCGUUGACCGGUGGUGCCUUCAAUUCGAGCACCAAAUCCAACUCAAGUCAGAAUCGCGUAACUGGUCCGCGGAACUGCCUGGUUCGGGUUACGUCAGGCUCGAAGAACAUUUUGUUGGACAAUGCCGGCCAUUACAAAACUGUGUUGUACAACGGCGGCAGCGGUGGCGGUAGCGGCAGCGGCGUCGGCGGGAAUGGUGGCAACGGCAAGAUCAGCACUGCCUUGGUGCACGCAAAGAAAACAUCUCGAGCCGGUUCUGAGCGUUCGACCUCGACUGCCAGCGAAGACAAUUCAACGCCGCCAGUGUUGCUGCAGGACAAUCAAUUGCAACGAGUGGCCGAGUGGGUACAGUCGUCCAUGUGUGUGGAGAAUUCCGCGCUGCAUGAUAGCAAUAAAAUUAAGUGCGUAGAAAAUGCUGUGAGCGAUAACACUUUGUCAUCUUUGUAUCUGAACGACCCUCUUAUGAAGCGCAAGUCUUCAGAGCAAGCUGGAGACUUGGAUCGCAGCGUCCGAGACGCGCCGAAUAAAUCGUCGAAGAAUGUCGAGAAUUAUAACGAGAAGAAUGUAAAUAACGAGCCCAAUAAUAUUGAUAUCUUAGCUGAGCGUAUAGAACAGGACGAAAGCAAAAAUCUCAUAACAUUCGAAGAUGAGCAUUUGCUGGAUUCUCGUAAAGAUCUGGAUUACGAGGUGAAGGUUACGAAAGAGAUGGAGGAAACGUAUCUGAAGCUUGCAGCGAGUCUAGAUCCGGUAACAUUGAGUCUAUCGAGUACCAGCAACGCCGAAUUGACGAUCGAAAAAUACAGAAAGGAUCACAAGAGGCUUUACACGCAGAGAGUUCAAGAUAAGGCGGGAUCAAAAGCUUAAUGCGUUUCUCAGCGAAUUCUUCGAAGACAAUUAACUAUAUCAAGCAGGGAGUUCCUUUAAAGAUAUAACAGAGCGUUAUUUUUUGUAACUAUAUUGAAGUAAGGCUGUACCAACUCGUGAGUAGCAUAGGGAAAAGAAGUUCUACGCGUCGCUGCAAGUAAAUUGGUUUUAUUUGCGUUUGUUUGUGAAACCCGUAGGAGUGAUUAUAGCGCGAGGUCUCCGCGAAAGAAAUUUAACCGAAGGUAAAAUUAAGUGCAACAUGGUAGCCUGGUUAUAUAACGUCAAUUACGUAAUAAUUCUGAAACUAUGGAGCAACGAUACGCUGAGUUAUAUGCAGAAAAUUUUCGUUAUUUGAAGAUAUGAUUGCGUUUCUUAUCAAACAAUUUUUCUCACAGUCAUAUAAACAAAAAUGUUGAAUCUCAACGUUGAUUUGCAAUUUUCUGCGUUUAUUUGCGUGUAUAAUCUUCCUCACAUGCUUCUCUCUUUGACACGUAUGUGUUAAUUAAUAAUUUAUCAUUUUCAUGAUGUAUAUAAAAAUGUAUGUCCUUUUGUCAGUUUUCUUUAAGUUUAAUGCACAUACUUUUUUAGGAUAAAUUAAUUUAUUCAUCUUAUGUUAGGCUAGUUAAUCUUUAGAGUUGUAAACAAAGUCGAAAUAUUUGAGAGUAAUUAUUAUAGAAAAUGAUAUUAAAACGUGCCGUGUUGCAGUAAAAUUUACUAUUGAAUAUUAAAUGUAUUAAUUUUACUCGUACAAGAAUUAUUAUACGGUCAGUAAAUAUGUAUAAUUAUUUAAUUUUAUAGCAAAAAUGUGAAUGGCUAAUCAUGUAUAUGUUACAACCAAAGUUUGCAUGGUGUGCAGUGUAGCUAUUGCUUGAGUCGUGUCAGCAUUGCACAACGCGACUGGACAAAGCCCGUUAAAAUGAUUUCUUAGUGGACAUGGUCUGGUUUGAUGUGGGCAAAGUCAACAUUGUCUAUCCAGUGGUGGGAAUGUCACCAACUGUUGUUACAUUGCGGACUUUGAUUUCAAGUGAGCAAUGUUGCCAUUGCUAAAUCUCUCGGGACAGAGUCAUUGAAAGACGCCUGCAUAGCAGGACCGAAACACUGCCCUUAUCGUACUCAGUCAUGUUGUGCAAUGUUGACAUAGCCCGGAUAAUACCGACACUGCACACCAUGCGAAUUUUGCCGAUAACAUAUAUAUUUUUCCCAGUCUUGCAACGCUGUUGUGGUUAAGAACAUAGAAACGACAAUAUUAACUUAUGAUUAACUUAUGAUGCAUUUGGAGAAUAUUGUUCCUGAUAAACGUUAUUUCAUUCACGUUUAUCGUAUUAAUUUCUCCUCAUGAUUUAUUAAGUAUUCACAAGUUUUUGUCAUACCAAAGCUAGAUGAAUUUGCGACAUGGACACUUUAAUCCUUUGCAUCUGGAAUUACUCCUGUUAUUGCCGAUCUUGCAGCGCAAACAUACUCAAACGCUAAAUAUUUAAGCUAAUUUCUAAUAUACUCAGCUUUUAAAUAAUUGCAGCAAGAUCCAUCGCGUCCGUGAAUGAUAUUAGGGUACAAAGGAUUAAACGGUCAUUUAGUCUUUUAGCCUGUUUGUCGAUGCCACGAAUGAGAAUAAUUUGGCAGUUUACCGCCGCAUUAUCGACGUUCGCAAAAUCCGGUGGAAUGUGCGUAAUUUUACGUGGAAAUUACCUUAAGUUUGUAUUGAGAUUAUAUUAGAAUACGAAAUAAUCGCAUCUGGUUUUGUAAAGUGGCACCCUAGACUCGAAGGAUUAAGGGACUUGCUACUUCGUGUAAGUUUUAUUUAGACUGAUUUGUACAGCAAAAAAUUGCUUCCAAGCGUUUUAGUAAUUUCAGCAUCAUUGAUUCAUCGUUAGGUCGACAAGAACAUUGUACAAUGUUGAAUGCGCUACAAUAGUUCAUUGAAAAUGUUUGUCAGAUUUCAUGUUGAUCUAAGCUCGUCGUUUCGUUUGCGCGUUACUUGCGGCUACGUAAUCGUACUUCGUUGCGACACUUGUACAGCUAAUGACUUAGUCUCAGUUGUAUGUAUAAGCUCGGAUUAACUAGCUCUGGUUAAUCUCGUUCUUCCCUCACGAUCUCACUCGUAAUACAAUUAGAGGAAUAAAAUUUAGCUGGAGAACUAGAAAAUUCUAUUUAUAAUUGAAUUUCUAUCGAUUCGUCUAUCUUCUUACUCGGGAAGAAAAUGAGGAAGGAAAUGGUGCUACUAGGUGGAUCGGAUGUAGGAAAUCGGCGAGAGAGACCGGGAGUUUUCAAUUUUUCAACCUCGCAGGUUUACCGGUUAAGGCAAUAAAAAACCACUCCGGUUAUUGCUUUCCAGAACAUCGCUGUAGAAGAAAAACUCAAAGGUCCCUAAUCCCAGGGCAGUCCUUUGGUAGGCGAGUCACAAGAUAAUUCUCUAAAGUGAUCGCCAACAUCAAGGUCUGAUGUGGCGCACUGUAGAAAAAAAAAGGAAGACCUCGAAGGUUUAGAAUUAGGCCUUUCAGCAAUAUUGAUUCCUGGCGAAUCGCACGGAUUAAUCGCUGCGUUGCGGAUGAUUAGAGUUAACGCACAUCGACGACGAUGAGUACGACCGAAACGCGGGCGAACGAAUUCGCAUUUCUUUCAGUAUUAGUCGAAUACGCGCCGACAAUUAGGAGCGUGACUACGUUCAUAGGAGGUACGCAGAUACAAAGUAUGUGACAAUAUAUACCUCAUGGCUUUUCGAGUACCAAUACUUUUCGUGCAAUACUGACUCGCCGACUCUUUUGUAAAACGUAAAUUAAGAAUCGCGCGAGCCACCGAGAGAGAGAGACGUGCUUCGUUGCGCAAAAGCCGUUCGAUUAUUCGACGAUUAAACUAUAGCCGACAUUUCGAAAACGGCCAAUAACGCGUCACGCAAAGAAAAUACGCGAUUUCUUCCAUAUUUCGUAUGACUCCGUACUCGCUUUAUCAAUCGUUUCACGCACAUACGAUCAAUUGAAAAAAAACGCAAAUAGUGAUCAAUCAAAUUAAUGGAGUACGAAAUUCAUCUUCGCCUCGCCGCUUUCAUCGAUCGUACCGGCAAUAGAAUCUAUUUCUUUGAUCGAUUAUCUUACUCUGUACAUAUCGUUAAUUCCCGAACGUCUAUUAAAGCAUCAUAAACAUUUUCUCUGUAAAAAAUUAUACAAAGCAGCGAGUGCUUUCUUUUAGACAUAUAUGCUCUUGUAAAAUUUUUUGUUUGAUCUAAGGAGGUAUGCUCGAUACGGAUCUUAGCAAAAAGUGACUUAUAUUAUCGAGGACAUAAUAGUUGUUAAAAUUUUUGCAUGUAUUUGGUUUCUAAAUAGAAUCACAUGGAAAUAAUGGAA